AUGCGGGGAUACGCAAUGUUUUCCUCAGGGACUAGACUGCUGAACGGGUGUGUUGGGUUGGACUUACAUGAUGCCUUCCACACUGUUCACCCGGUGAAGAAGGAGUUCCCCUUUUAUUCGAGGUCGGCGAGGGUGAGCUCAAGGAUCGAUCGUGCGCUCGUGUCGGCGUCGAUGUUGGGUUGCAUAGGCGGAGCCUUCCACACCUCUAUCCCGAAGGGGAUCACGGACCACUGGUUUGCAAUCUCGGUGAAGUUGACGUCGUCUGAGGGGAAGGCGAAAGGUCCCGGCCUGUGGAGACUGCCUGAAAAAAUAGCAAAGAGUCAAGGAGUGAGGAACAUCGCACAGGCGAUAACACAACAGCAGGACGCGGAUGAUCACUUUGUCAAAACGCUGAAGAAGCUGAAUGCGUGUCUGAAGGAAUAUGCGAAAGGAGAAAGAAGGAGAGUGGCCUGCACCAUCAAACAUCUGGAGGAGAAGGUUGCGGUGCUCAAGCAAGCCUUUAUGAGUGAUGCGGGAAACCUUGACCUGCAAGAGCAGCUGGCAAGGAGUGAAGCACAGCUGAAAGUGUACUGGGAUGGGAAGAACGACUGGCUGCAGACGCUAGCAGGCAUACAAGGGGAGUUGGAGGGGGAAAACGUCCAAGUUCCUCACGGGGAAGAUAGCUUCAAGGAGAGCGAAGACAGAGAUUCAAAUGCUUUCGGUGGGGGGGGGGAAACGGUGACGGAGGCGAAGGAGAUCUUGCUGGCUGCAUCAGAUUUCUUCCGAGACCUCUUUGGAAAGGCCAAGGAGACAUCGGGCGAGAAGUGGUCAACUGACAGGAGCAAGCGGUUGGAUGAGGAAGACAGGGAAGUGCUGCAGGCGAAAUGGACAGAAAAAUAA